UAUUUCUCUCUCUCUCUUACUAUAUACGCGCACUCAUAUUUAUUCAUACGGAACAUGCGACACCCGAUUCCGGAGUUCCAAUCAUCAAUUCCUACUUUUGACUCUCACCCUUUGCUGCCCUCACUCUUUUCCCAUGAACCCACCUCUCCUCCGCCUCCACCGCCUCCGCCGCCGCUGUUCUUGAAUUCUCCGUCGCCGGUGGUGGGGAGUUAGUUAUGGCGGUGUCUGACGUGGAGGCUGUGCUGGAGUUUUUGAGGAAGAAUGGGUUUAGCGAGUCUGAGUCGGCUUUGACGGAGGAGAUCAUGGAGAGAUCCCAAUUGGGGUCGUUUGAUUACCAGAGCUUUUUGUUUCCCAUGGUUCCGCCGCCUCCUCCGCUCAAAAUUCCGGCCACUCGCCGCCCGGAGGAUGUCUCCGGCGCCGGUUCUAGCUCUCAUUCCUCUGAUGAUGAGGAGUUUGUUAGCUUAGGCUCUUCAACCACGGAGCUCUGUUCUUCUGAAUUUACGAAUCCAUAUGGAAUUCGUGGCGAUACGUGUCUGAGCUCUCAAGCAUCAUCUGAUAGAAUGUCACAGUUUGGAACGGCUCGAGAUUACCACGAUUUUGAUAUGCAAAAUGAUCUUUUCUGGUACAGGGAGAAGGAUGAAGAUUAUGCCAUGCCACCUGAUUUUGGAGGCUCAGAUUUUGCUGCUGGCCCGAGUGAGGAUAAAUUCGUGAUGACCUUAGACUCGGGGAAGCAGAGUGCAGCAGAUGUACUGAGCUUGGAUUGUGAAUUCGAAACACACCCUCUAACCUCGGUGGAUAACAAUCGGGACGCUAAGGAUGAAACAUCGAAAGACUAUUGCCAUUUCGAUAAAAGCUUGCAAACUCGAGGAGGUGAUGAUGGGAAGUGCGAGCGAGAUUGUGCAGAUUAUAGCUGUUCCUCCCCGCUUUGUGCUUGCUGUUGUGGAGCGGGAGUGGUGUAUCGUGGGGACCCUGCUGAAUAUGGUAUCGUGGAUCUCAAAUUGACCGAUAUAAACGAUUUGCUGGACGAACAAUCGGGAGAAAGAGACAAUGAAUUUCGAAUCAGUGACUCUAUUAAAAAGAAUUCUCCCCGUGAUUGGGCUGGGGAUCUCGAGACCACACCUCACCUUCAUAGCCCGGUUAUUGACAAAGAUUGCUACCCAUUUAUAGACGUUGAUGACUUCGAAUACAAAGACGACAAACCAAAAGCGGGAGAACCCGAUGCUGCACCAGAUGAAGAAGGCGGGACUGCUUCAGACGAGCUUCUAAUGUUGAAUGCUAGUGAAGAUGACUAUGAAGUGUUCAAUCUAAGGAUUAUACACCGAAAAAACAGGACUGGAUUCGAGGAGAACAAGGACUUCCCUAUCGUUCUUAAUAGUAUCGUUGCCGGGAGAUAUCAUAUAACGGAGUACCUCGGUUCAGCAGCUUUCAGCAAAGUCGUUCAGGCCCACGAUCUUCACACGGGAAUCGAUGUUUGCUUAAAGAUAAUAAAAAACGACAAGGACUUUUUCGAUCAGAGCUUGGAUGAAAUCAAACUUCUGAAGUAUGUAAACAAGCACGAUCCCGGCGAUGAACGCCAUAUAUUACGCCUCUAUGAUUACUUCUACCAUCAGGAGCAUCUCUUCAUCGUUUGUGAGCUUUUGCGAGCGGACUUGUAUGAAUUUCAGAAAUACAAUCGAGAAUCUGGGAGCGAGCCUUAUUUUACAAUGUUGAGGCUAAAGACAAUAACCCGGCAAUGCCUGGUGGCUCUAGAGUAUUUGCAUGGUUUGGGAAUCAUCCACUGUGAUCUAAAGCCCGAGAAUAUUCUCAUCAAAAGCUAUAGGAGAUGUGAGAUAAAAGUUAUUGAUCUCGGGAGCAGUUGUUUUCAGACAGACAACCUGUCUUUAUAUGUACAGUCUCGGUCCUAUCGGGCUCCCGAAGUUAUCUUAGGCCUCCACUACGACCAGAGAAUUGAUAUUUGGUCUCUUGGAUGCGUAUUGGCAGAGCUAUGCUCUGGAGAGGUGCUUUUUCCAAAUGAAGAAAUCCCGAUGUUGCUUGCACGUGUUAUAGGAGUGCUAGGUCCCAUCGACAUGGAUAUGCUAUUAGAAGGGCAGGAGACGCACAAGUAUUUUACUAAAGAAUACGACCUUUAUCAUAUAAAUGAGGAGACGAAUCAACUGGAGUACAUAAUCCCCGAGGAGACAUCCUUGGAGGAUCAGCUACAGGUCUCGGACCCUUUAUUCGUCGACUUUGUGAGGAAACUGCUUCAGAUUAAUCCUAUAACGCGCCCUACAGCUACCGAGGCACUAGAACACCCCUGGCUUUCCUGAUAUAAUCCUCAAUCGUCAUGGAUUCUUUUGUUUUUUUUUUUUUGUUUUUUUUUUCUUUGCAUCAUUAUAUCAUCAGUUUGAAGCAGGAAUCCAUUCUCAGGCCCGGAGGCUUCCCAACGGAGCGAAGGGCUCGAAUCAGUUUUGGUGUAGUCAGUACAUACACAAAAUAAUUGAAUUCCUCGAAAUCGUGUAUAGCAAUUCCAGGUUUUUUUUUAAUGGCUUCCUCUUUUCCCAGCUGCUAAAUUCUUUGUUUACAAUGUCCUAGCUAGGUUUAUGUUUCUGGGAAUUUUUUGUGUUUUUUGGUUGGCACAAAAUCUUCCACUUCAUUGGGAUGAUGUGUUAGUAUAUAUGCAUGAUGAUGCUUCUUCAAAUGUUCAUCAUUCUUCAUUAAUCAACUAAGGGUUUGGUUAGUUCCU